AUCAGCAGCAUUGACCGCUUUGCUGGAAUGUAGAAAACAUUCCUCGUAACAUUCCAACAGUCCACACUCCGAUGACGCCCGGAUACGACGGAUGUGUCGGUGGACCAAUUGUCGCUACCGGCUUUCAAUCGAUCGAGCUCGUCUCCGAUACCGCCGCCGGAGGACAAAAAUGAUGCACUACAACAAGGGCAAGAACGUGGAGGAGGAAAUGUCACAUGACCAGUUUCCGGCUGGUGUGCUACCGGACCAGUUUCUCUGGAUGCAGGUGAAGGGCGGUUCGGCGGUAAUGAAUCUGGUCGAGCAUGCGAAAAAGGCGCUGGAGGACGGUACGUAUCGUACGGUGGUGUGGAGCGGUUCGGAUGGUGGAGUUGGCAAGACGAUAAGCUGUGCGGAGAUAAUGAAGCGACACUUUGAGCUGCACCAGGUCACGCGGAUUUGCUUCAAAACAGUUCAAGAGUUUUGGGUCCCCCAGGAGAGUGGAUUGGAGCCGAUCGUAGCCAAACGAAAUAUUCCCUGCGUGCACAUCAUCACCUCACUGGACGAGAUCGAUCCAAAGGUGCCGGGCUACCAGCAUUCCAAGACACAGGGCGGUUUCUGGACCGGGGCCGGUCUCGGACCCGCCGAUGGAAGUCCUAGCAAGCGUGCGAAAGGACCGCGCCCGAAGGAGGGUGGCGAUAAGAAGGGCAACUACUUUACCGGACCUCAGCUAAACAAGAAAGCGAAUCGACCCUAUUCGAAUGGUGGGGAGGAGGCUGCUGGCACCAGCAAUGGUGCGAACCGGGAGAAGAAAAAUAAGGGAAAAGGCGGCAAGCCUAAGGAUGGCGGAGGUGGUGAUGGUGCUGGAAACCCGCGGAACAAGGGCAAGCAGAAGGAUGGCAACAAUCGGAAGAAGUCGAACGUUACUGAGGUGGGUGAACAUAGUGGUGGUGGUGGUGGUGGUGCGGCUGGCGGAGAGAAUAAAACCGACAAUGGAGAUCCACAGUAAGGAUCUUACACCGAUGCAUGAAGAAGUAAAGUUUCAAUAACACUCGCCCCCUUUUUUCGUGAAAGUAUUGGAUAAAUGAAUUUUUAUUACCUGCUAAUUCACGUACUGUA